GUCUGAGGCGCUGGGUGCUGCUUCGGCAGUCGCCUAGCGUUUUCGCGCUCCACCCUUUCCUCCUCCUCUUUCUCCUCCUCCUCCUCCGAUCUCCAGUCAGGCGGAUCUGCUCUGCUCUGGGGUAGAAAACGGACCAAACUUACUACUUUGUCUAGAGUUACAUGGUGAUCCUGCGGCUUCAUGGCUGACAACAGAUCUUUUCAACCAAAAUGUCAUUCUAAAAUGGCAGAAAUCUUUAUGGAAUGUGAAGAAGAUGUAGAACCAUGGCGGGAGAAAGAAGGAACUGAGGAUGAAGAUGAUGAUGAACUGAUAUUUGUUGGAGAAAUAUCAAGUUCAAAACCUACCAUUUCCAAUAUUUUGAACAGAAGUAACUCCAGCUCAUCUUCAAAGGGAAUAAAGAAUGAGUCGCUCACUCCAGGUAUUCCUGAAGUAUUUAGGACUGGAAGUCAACACUACAAAGACUCCUCUUCAAGCCCAUUGUCUGCUACUCCUAAAUUGUUUGCUGACUCGAAAUCUUCAUCUAGCUGUAUUUCUCAGAUGUCUAAAUCAGACAUUUUUAAGAAUUCAUCACCAAUUCAAUCAGAUAAUUCUUCAGACUUAAUGUUUGACUUGACCCAGGACUCAAUACCAACAUCCCAAGAUAUACCAGCAAUUUUUAAAAAAGGUAUGGGUUACACUCCAUUUGGAUCAAAAUGUUCUUCUACUGAAGUACACAGUGUUAAUUCAAAAGAGCCAAAGACCAGUGAAGAUAUAUCUGAAAUAAAUCCACCUGAUUCACAGUCUGUAUCUUCAACCUCAAACUCUUUUUCAUUGACAUCUUACCAGAUCAUGGUAUCAAAAGGUACAAAUACCUCAUCACCCAUGUGUACACCUGAAGAACCUCUUCUAAGAGCUUGUCCAAAAUGCAAUGUUCAGUUCAACCUUUUGGAUCCUUUGAAAUGCCACAUGAAGGAUUGUUGUCCAGACAUGAUAAAUAACUUCUUAGGAAAUAUUAAAGAAGAAUUUUCAAGUGUUGAAAACAAAAGUGAGACGAAUUCAGAGAAAGGAAAAUUGAUCAUGUUAGUUAGUGACUUUUAUUAUGGAAAACAUGAAGGAGCUGCUGAGGAAGAACAGAAGACUUACACAACUUUUAAAUGCUUCAGUUGCUUGAAAGUUCUUAAAAAUAAUAUUAGGUUUAUGAACCAUCUGAAACACCAUAUGGAACUUGAGAAACAGAACAGUGAGAUCUGGGAAAACCACACCACCUGCCAGCACUGCUACCGACUAUUUCCUACACCUUUCCAUUUGCAGUGCCACAUUGAGAGUACACACACACCCCAUGAGUUUUCUACUAUUUGCAAAAUCUGUGAAUUAUCAUUUGAUACAGAGCGUAUUCUCUUACAACAUAUGAAGGACACUCAUAAACCCGGUGAAAUGCCAUAUAUUUGCCAGGUUUGCCAGUUUAGAGCCUCAACAUUUUCUGAUGUAGAAGCUCAUUUUAGAGCAUCCCACGAAAACACUAAGAACUUGCUAUGUCCAUUUUGCCUCAAAGUUAGUAAAAUGGCAACCCCCUACAUGAAUCAUUACAUGAAGCAUCAGAAAAAAGGAAUUCAUCGUUGUACAAAAUGCAGACUACAAUUUUUGACCUGCAAAGAGAAAAUGGAUCAUAAGACACAACAUCGUACAUUUAUAAAGCCUAAGGAACUAGAAGGAUUGCCUCCAGGAACAAAAGUUACUAUUCGAGCUUCACUUGGACCUCUCCAAUCAAAAUUAUCAAGUACAUCUUCUAGUGGUUCUUCAAGCACAUCUUCUCUUCAGGUCUCACCUCUAGCUGCUAAAAGUCUUAUAAAUGCAAGUAAAUCUAAGAUAAGUAGGUCUCAUGCAGCUGCAUCCACUUCAAAUAAGUCUAGUACAAGUAAAGCAAGUACUUGUAAAUAUAAAGCAAAGUCCUCUUCCAAGCAAAAGAGACACCGCAACAGAAAAAAUACAAUCAGCAUAGCUUUGAAGAACUUAAGGUGUCAGUGGGGAAUUCACAAGUGCAUUGAGUGUCAGUCUAAAAUAAAAGAUUUUGCAAGCCACUUUUCUAUACAUAUCCACUGUGAUUUUUGCAAAUACAGCACUAACUGUAACAAAGCCUUUAUAAAUCAUAUGAUGAGCUUUCAUAGCAACCAUCCAAGUAAACGGUUUCAUAUUUUUAAGAAGCAUUCAGGAAUUCUCAGGGGCAUUACUCUCGUGUGCCUUAAAUGUGAUUUCCUAACUGAUUCUUCGGGCUUAGAUAGUAUGGCUAAGCACUUAAGUCAACGUAAAAAUCAUACAUGCCAAGUUAUAAUAGAGGAUGUUUCUGCAAGUACCUCAACUUCUGAACCCACUUCUACAUGCUUGUUGAAAUAGAUUCCUGCUCUGUGGAGCUCGUGCAACCUGGUGCAAGACAAGUCGGAAUUUCCUAAGUUCAAAGUUCUAAAGUGUUUUCUUAUACAAAGGCAGUUUCCUAAAUUCAGAGUUCUGAAGUGUUUUCUCACACGAAGGCGAUUAAACAGCCAAGUUCAUGACACUAGCUCUAAUCAUCAGAUCUUCUCACCUUUCAGAUGGUACUAGAUUCUUCCACCUUAUCUUUGUGUCAGGUUAACAUAUCUUAACGUGGUUUUUUAAUCCUUUUUUCCUCCAGCCGGCUCUCCAAAAAUAACUUUUGUUGCUAUGGUCUUUUCUUGUUUUGCUUAAAAUAAUUUGUAUUCUUAUCUGCUAUACUUGCCUUCACAAUAUUACAUUCUAAACAAUAUGGCUGUUCAUCUUUUCUGUCUGUUUUGUCUGCUUUCUUAAUUUCUUAUAAAGCUUACAUUUUUAGGUCGAUAGCUGUUUUUCUUGCAUUUUUUGUCUGUCAUUGUUCUGUUUUUUUGUGUGUGUGUGUUUUUCAGGUGCAUGUUGAUAGCUGUUUUUCUCGCAUUUUUUGGCUGUCUGUCAUUGUUCUGUUUUUCGUGUUUUUCAGAUGCAGAAGCAACACAAAUUUCAAAAAAUGUCCAGGAUAUUCCUGGCAAGUGUCCCCCUUCAGUGGACACAACUGAUGCCUAUUCUCUCUUUUCAAGGAAUGUGAUUUAUAUGACUGUCAGAUCUCCUCUAGUUUGUGGCCUUAAGAAAUCAGAUCUUGGGGAGAGUCUUUUCCUAUCUGACGGGCCUCCCAUAAGGCUGAUGUUUAUUUGGCUAGAGAUGACCUCAAGGCCCACCAAAUUGAGCACAACUUCCCUCUGGGGGCUUUGGCUUUCCAUCUUGAGCUUAUAGAUCAAUUCUAACCAAGAAAAGCCCAUCAGAUCAAUAAUUCAACAUCCAAAUUGAAGUUUAAUCAGUUUAAAUCUGGAUGCUGCCCUUUAAUAUUCUUUAGCAUGCAUUCAGUCCGAGGAAUAUAAAAAUUCUGGUUAUGUAGGGAACCAAGGUUAUUUUUAUGUUCUUGGAAAAGCAAAAUUUCUAAAAUUACAGUUCCAAAGUUAAAGUUAUAUUGUUAUGUAAAAAUUUAUCCAGUAUUACUUUUAGGAAUUUUCAACAAUAUUGAUAUUCAGAUUUUUAAUUUUUAAAUUUUUUUUUUUUUCGUAGAGACAGACUUUCACUUUAUCGCCCACAGUAGAGUGCCGUGGCAUCACACAGGUCACAGCAACCUCCGACUCCUGGUCUUAGGCAAUUCCCUUGCCUUAGCCUCUCGAGUAGCUGGGACUACAGGCGCCUGCCACAACGCCCAGCUAUUUUGUUGUUGUUGUUGUUGUUGUUGUUGUUGUUGUUGUUGUUGCAGUUUGGCCGGGGCCGGGUUUGAACCCGCCACCCUUGGUAUAUGGGGCCAGCACCCUGCCCACUGAGCCACAGGCGCUGCCCAGAUUUUUAAUUUUAUUUUUAUAGCUCAGUUUUUCUUUUGUUUUUCACCAAAUAUAUUGAUGUCAGUUUCAUUAUGUCUACCUUGGUGCUCUUCUCUAUAGCAUUUGUUUUGUGUUUGUUUGGUUUUGUGUGUGUGUUUAGGAGCUCCAAGGAAUUUCUUAGAAUUCUCUAUAUAUUUCAUGUAACUACCUAUUGCUGGCUUCUUAACUUGAUACUUGUUCAGACCAUUAGAUAUUACAUGUGGUGUCUAUUGCUGGCCUAUCAUUAACAUUAUCUUAGGGAUUAUAAGUUCAAAGACAUAAAGUUGGCAAAAACUAUUAUUAUAGACCUUAAAUUUUAAAGUUACAUUUCUGUACAUCUAAAACAUAACAUCUUCUUAGCCAUUAAUGUAAUUCCUUUGGAUAAAGAUAAUAUAUUCAAGAAAAUAUUGGGACCAAAAAUGCACUUGUUUCUUGCCCAUACAUGCAGAUGUAUAUUUUUUUUAAUUUGGUGUUUGUUUAUUUUGGUUACAUGGAAUAUAGAUUUACUGAACAGUUUUGAUGUUAUUACUUAUUUUUUUAAUAAAAUUUGUAUUGUUAAAGUGCCUUCAGAAUUAUUUUCUAAUAAUUUCAUAUAAAAGCU